GCAAGCACUUUCAGGUCGAAACCUUUCAAUGAGAAUAGCUUCAGCCUCCGAUGUAACCCAACGCAUAAACAGCGUGAAGACUUGCAUCAACAAUGCUGUCACAUCAUUCUCGACGGAGGCAGCGAUUUUGAACCUCCUUCACACAAUUCAGUCUUCAAUGCGAACCGAACUCUCAAGGCUCCCACGGGUCCCUGCUGAGCACACGUUCGUCACGGCCAAGUCAGAGUGCCUGGAAGGCACACGGGAGCUGAUACAGAGGUCUAUAGUCGAACAUCUGAAGAAAGCAGGGAACAGAUUUGUCUGGCUGCGAGGUUCGCCUGGAACGGGAAAGACUGCGAUUUGCCUGAGCAUUGCGUCCAACUUGGAGACACAGCGCGUGUUAGCAGCAUCAUUUUUUUGGGACAAGAAUCAACCGGGAACUGGACUUGACACUAUCAAACAGUUUCCCACCACCCUCGCGCAUCAACUUUCCCGCUUUAGUGAGGAAUUUAAGCUCUCGCUUGUCAAACGUCUUCGGCAGCCAGAUCUCGAGCUUGCGCAAAAUCUCCCUCCGGAGAAGCAAAUGAGGGCUCUGGUUAUUGAGCCUAUGGUCGGUCUCGAAGGUUUACUGUCAUCAACCAAGGACCGCUUCAUCAUCAUCCUAGAUGGCUUGGACGAGUGCGGGGAUCAGGAAGCACUCAAAGCCUUGAUGAAGCUGGUGCUAAUGCUUGGUGAUUUGCCUUCCACAUUCACUGUGUUGGUUAGUUCCCGCCCAGAACCGCAGGUUAUUUCAGCAUGGGUCGAUGCUGGGGAUGGGGGUCUCAACAUCCCAUGCGAAGAUGUUGAUAAAAUUGGGGAGGAGACGUUGUGCACAGUCCGCUGUAUGGCAGAAGAGGGCCUUCGAGAUUGUGUCAAGAAAUCUGCGUGGAAGCCGUCCCCGGAGGAUUUUGAUGCCUUUGCUUCAGCUUGCCGUGGAUUACCUGUUAUAGCCUCGAUCCGCACACGGGAUGUCUGCAUUCGGACUCAGCGCGGUUCCACUCUGAAGUUGGAGCUUGAAUACCUUCGCAAUCUCAGAGAUGCACCACUUGACCUAAAAUCGGAGUAUCUGCGAAUACUGCGGCGAGCAUACAUGUCUGACCAACCUACUAUUCCUCCACAUGUAAUCAAGAAUUACCGCCAAGUGAUUGGGAUGAUCAUUGCAGCAUGUCGGCCACUCAGCUUAUAUUCAAUGUCACAGCUCCUAGGGAUAGCUGAGGAGGAAGUCUGUGCAACCCUAGAACCGAUCAGCUCAAUUGUCGAGUUUUCUUCAGAGAACUCACGGUCCCUCCAAGGUUUGAUGCGAGUGCUUCGAAUUACCCCCGAUGCAGUAUACCCCAAAUUCUAUCAUGCAACAAUGAAGGAAUUCCUUGUGGAUCACCCAAUUGGUCAUGAAAGUGAUCAGCCAUUCUUCAUUAGUGAUUUGAAGGGGCAUUUCUUGGGACCACUGCUUCUUCAACUUGUAAAUGCUGUCAUUGAACGGAAUGUGUCCAAAAUCCGUUCUUUGGGUGAUAGCAAGAAGCGGAAAGAAUUUCGGGGGAAGAAGCAACCUGAACAUGUCCAAUAUGCUUUCCAUUACCUCUUCUACCACUCGGAUCCAUCAAGACUGUCCUCACAAGAUUCCAAUGAAUUCAGCAGCGAGUUUGAUGUCUUCCUCACCCGAAACUUACUUUCAUUCUUUGCACUAUCACAAUCUGAUUUCAAGCUGCCUGAUGAGUUCCCUCAAUCCAAUAAUCACAAUUUUGCUGCAUGGUUAGGAGAAGUCAAGAGGGUGAAGGAUAUGAUAACUAAAAAUGAACUCAGCUCCUCCCCUUGGCAUAUUUUUCGGUCAAUUCUUCCCUUCACUCCAUCCUCAUCCCCACUUUUUAAGUCAUAUGGACACCUCUCUGAUCCUAUUCGGAUUUUCAGCAUUGCUGGAGAAUUUUCUGGCCUUUCAUUUCCAUUAAGUGGGGAUACUCGUAGCGCUCAAAGGGCUAUGGAGGCAAAACUCAGUGCAUUAUCAAUGGAUAAGAUGGACAGGACUGAUCAGAAAGCUGAAUUUCUUGAUCCUGAUAUUCGCAAUGGUAUUGUGACUGCUGCAGCACUCUCACAAGAUGGCCGCUACAUUGCACUUGGCUUUGGAAAUGGCAUUAUUGAAAUUGCUGACAUUGACCAUCAAGAUGCUAUCACUCAUUUCCAAUGUGACCCACCCCAUAUCCCAGCCUGGAUUGGGUUUAUCUGUGGCAGCCACCGGAUUGCCACUGAAGAUAGUGAGGGAAACAUCAUGGUCUUCAGCCAUGGUUUGCCAUCUGUGAAAGUUGGUACACUCCCCAGUGGGCCCCACCCUCCUGUUACUCUGGUUGCAGACAAUGGCUCAUUCAUCAUACGAGCUCCCCGGAACAUUGACUGCAGAUGGUAUGAAAACAUGGUGAUCAUAUAUGUUUCAGAUGAACCAUCCAUCCACCCUCUUUCCUCUCCUCACUUUGCUGUUCCAACCUCCAGAUCAGCCAUGCCUAACUAUUGCACACUUGGACUCUCCCCUGAAGGACAAUACAUUGUUGUUCAUGAUGGCAAUAAUAUCUCUAUUUGGUCAACAAACACACCUACCUCAAGCAAAGACACAACCGGGUCAGAACACAGACAAUCUGGCUAAAUGGUAAACUUGAACUGUUUCUCCCACGAGAUUGCCGCCCAAUUGUUCUUGAGAGGCACCAGAUUAACAGUCAAGAUGUAUGGUAUGGGGAUCGAAUGCUGAGGAAUGAGAAUGGCCUCUACCUUCCUUGUGCUAGCAAAGAUGGGACUCGAUUCUUGGUCCAAGGUUGUAUGCGAUCCCCAAUAGUUGUUGAUAUUAGCCAAGUUAUCUAGUUCUUUUACAGUGUUUACUGGGAUGCUUUUUUUCAUCCAUUAUUUGUGUCUUGUUGUACAUGUGCAUCAUUGUAUCCGGAAGUCAGGGACAUGGGGACAGUGUCAGAUACUGAUUUGGAGGGUAGUGCUGGGGUUUGCCAAGGGUGUCCAAGGCAUGCUGAGGCUGGCUGAAGGUGCUGGGGGAUGAGUGUAAGGAAUGGAUAGAGAAUGGAUGAUGCACACUUUCCUUUUAUUCUUUAUACUAUAAUAAUCUUCGGACUAAACAAUGUAU